CAACAACACCAACCUCAAAACGAAAGAAAAAAAAAGUCAUUUGAUUUCAAGAAUGGAGAGUGUGUUCAGUGCACAUGCCUGGUCCCGCCAACCCAAUGGUCUAUGGGUUUUUUGGAGUGAACGUGACGAUGCAGCGCAGCUUCAGAAUCACUUCUCCUUCACUGCAGAUGUUGUUACUAAACGCAUGGCAAUCAAGGAAAGAGUUAAGAUUGCACUCCAACGUGUAGAGAAAUUAUCCUGCAAUUAUCUUAUUCAGUUCUGGGCUAGUAUUGUAAUUGAUGGCCAGACUUUCCUAACAACUUCAGAUCAGCCUUUUGGUCUUAGCAGACUAGAUGACAGACUAUGUUCGUACAGGCAGAAGUGCCUGAGCUGUGCAAUUCCUGUUGAGCUGAAGAACGGUACCCAAUGUGAAAAUGACCUUGGUCCCCCCGGACGUGUUUUCAAACAUAGGUUGCCUGAACUAUGUACAGACGUGAAGAAUUACAGCCAACAAGAGUUCCCUUUACGGGAUGAUGCUGCAGCCUGGGGCAUACAAUGGUGCUAUACUGUUCCUGUCUUUGAUUCAUCUCGAGACACCUUUGUCGGGGUCCUUGAGUUGGUCACCAGUCACCAAACAAACGACUGGAUGUUUCAAAACUCUGUCUUGCUCAUUUUCAAGAUGCUCCAGGUGGUGGAUCUGAAAUCUCCGGAACCAUAUUGUCCGAUUAAUUGGAAAGUUUUGGAUGACCAGAUAUGUACUCUUGCUCGAUUAUACAAGUCAAUAGAAAUGGUAUGUCAAAAACAUCAAUUUCCUUUUGCUCAGAUUUGGGUCAGUGUUGCUGAUUCACGGGAAAAGCUAUCACUGUUAGACAACGAUACAUUGCAAUCAAUGAUAACCAAAACUUAAGAUUCAAAUAUGCUAGUGGUCUUCAAUACAUGUUUGAAGGCUACAGUGUUGUAGGCAGGGCUUUCUCAUCAAAAUCUUCAUGCUUUUGCCGAGAUGUAACACAGUUGAGCAUAAUGGAAUACCCCUUGGUAACUUGUGCUCGUGAAACUGGUUUAACUGGUUGUUUUGCAAUCUGUUUAAGUGCUCCGGGCAAUGAUGACAAUGUUUACAUACUAGAGUUCUUCUUGCCCCCAAAUGAGCUUCUGCAUAGAAAUCUACAAGUCUUCCUGAAGUUAGUUUUGGACACGGUGAAACAACAGUUGCAACACUUUGAGGUUGCAGUCGGACAUGAUUUUGGAUAGAAGUUACCUGUUGAAGUCAUCAAGAUUUCUUCUGACGAUGACCUUGAUUCUUUCGAGAUCUGUCAGAAUACUAAAGAACUGCAUAACGUUGAGCCAUUGCCAAAUGGAGGAGAGUUGAUGUUGCCUGACACAGCAACAGCAGUAUUUUUCUUCCGAAACAAAUCAACAACUGAGUUUGGAUAUUGAUGAGAUAACUGCUGCAAGGGAUAGCAUAGCUGUAAGUGAAGAACAGUGCAAUUCCACUGGAUCUUCAACUAGCGCUGAAACCUCACAAAACAAAGAAAGAAAACUGCAGCUGGAAUUAUCAACACGACAGGCAAAGCAGGGAGCAAAUGCUG